ACCACAUAAUUUCCGGUAUCAUGGAAGCGGUGGUCGGUGAUGUUGUCGCUCCAGAGGAUCUCGAGAAGUUCGAGAGGAAGUAUAAAGCAGAGCUGUCCAAGGGCUCUGUGUCGAAAGACACGCAGUUCGAGUAUGCGUGGUGUCUGAUCAGAAGCAAAAAGCCGGAGGACAUUAAGAAGGGAAUAGUGCUUAUGGACGAACUUGCUCAGAAGGGCACCAAGAAUGACCAGAGGGAUUAUCUGUUUUACCUUGCUGUUGGAAACUACAAGCUAAAGGAGUACGAGAGAGCUCUGAAAUAUAUCAGGACUUUACUGAAGAAUGAACCAGGAAACACGCAAGCUCUAGAACUGGAAAAACUAAUCGACAAAGCCAUGAGGAAAGAUGGACUGGUUGGCAUGGCAAUUGUUGGUGGGAUUGGUCUGGGUUUGGCUGGAUUGGUUGGAUUGGCUGGUCUGGUUGGUGUAGCUGUGGCUAAGAAGUCUGCCUAAGGGGAUGAGCAGAAAUGAGGCAGGUCUAAAUUCUGGUGUUGGGUUUGAAAUGGAUGCCUUCUAAAUUCAAGUCAGUCAAUAUUUCACUGACCAGUUAACCGUCUGAUGCCUUAUAACGUUUCCAUGGUUUUUCCAUGUCGUCAAGAUAAAAGCAGUCCUUUUUAAACUAAAUGUAUAAGCUUUUUGUUAAUCAGAGCUGCACUUCAUAUUACUGUUAUGAAAAAAAAUGAAAAGAAAUAAUAAAUGUUAUUUCUUUGACAUAAAGUGUAAACAUGUAAAACAUUAGCAUUUAACUGUUUUAUAUUUUUUUUUUAAUUAAAUGAGGGAUCUCAUUAUUAAGGCCAAGAAAAAUUGACAAAUGUCUGUUUGAUGUUUCGUUCACAUGUUAAAACUCUGUACCUUAAUUUAAUGACUUAUUUCUUUAACUUUAAACCCCCCCUUUUUAUGCCUAUUUUUCUUGUAUUUUGUGUCCUGAAAUGUUUUUGUUAGUCAAAAGUUUACAUCCAUAACAGAUAUUAUAUUCUAAUACCACUGUGUUAACAUGGUGAAACAGUGAGAUUGAAAUGAUUGAUUUUGAAAUGUUGUAAUUCUUACUCUGAAGUCCAAAGAAAAUAAUUUCUCCUCAAGUGUAUCCUAUAGCACAAAUAUGAUCAGAUUGUCUUGUGUUUAUGUACUACAGUUUAUUUCAACAAUGCAUAUUGCCAACAUUUAAACACAAGCAGCAAAAAAUAAAAAGCUUAACUUCAUAA